AUGGCGGAGCUGCGAGCGGCGGCCGCGGGCCCCGGCCCGGUGGCGGCGGCGGCGCUGCCCGGUCCCAUGGCCCUGCCCGCGGCCCCCGCUCUGCCCUCACCGGCGGCGGCGGCUCCGAGCGCGGCGGCGGCGGCGGUUCCGACUCCGAGCGCGGCGGCGGGCGCUGGUUCCGGUGGUUCCGGUUCGGGCGGUGCCGGUGCCGGUUCGGCGCGCGAAGGUUGGCUCUUCAAAUGGACCAACUACAUCAAGGGCUACCAGCGCCGCUGGUUCGUGCUCAGCAACGGCCUCCUCAGCUACUACCGAUCCAAGGCGGAGAUGCGGCAUACCUGCCGCGGCACCAUCAACCUGGCCACGGCCAACAUCACGGUGGAGGAUUCCUGCAACUUUAUCAUCUCCAACGGCGGGGCCCAGACUUACCACCUGAAAGCCAGCUCGGAGGUGGAACGACAACGCUGGGUCACCGCCCUGGAGCUGGCCAAGGCUAAAGCCGUCAAAAUGCUGGAGGAAUCGGACGACUCCGGCGACGAGUCGGUGUCGCAGACGGACAAAACGGAACUGCAGAACACGCUGCGCACCCUGUCCAGCAAAGUAGAGGAUCUGAGCACCUGCAACGAUCUCAUCGCCAAACACGGCACGGCCCUGCAACGCUCCCUCAGCGAGCUGGAGACCCUCCGGCUGCCGGCCGAGAGCACCGAGAAGAUCAAGCAGGUGAACGAACGAGCCACCCUCUUCCGCAUCACCUCCAACGCCAUGAUUAAUGCCUGCCGGGAUUUUUUGAUGCUGGCUCAGACCCACGGCAAAAAAUGGCAGAAAUCGCUGCAGCACGAACGGGAUCAGCGCAUCCGGCUGGAGGAGACGCUGGAACAACUGGCCAAACAACACAAUCACCUGGAAAGGGCUUUCCGCGGCGCGACCGUCCUGCCCGCCGGCACAGCUGGCACCGGCGGCUCUGCCAAAGAUCCGUGCUGUCCUGCGAAAGGAGACCUGAGUGACGAGGACGAUGACAACGAGUUUUUCGACGCCCCGGAGAUCAUCACCAUGCCAGAGAGCAUGGGGCACAAGCGCACUGGCAGCAACAUCAGCGGCACCAGCAGCGACAUCAGCCUGGAUGAGCAGUACAAGCACCAAGUAGAGGACACCAAGAAGGAGAAAAGAACCCGCAUCCCCUACAAACCCAACUACAGCCUCAACCUCUGGAGCAUCAUGAAAAAUUGCAUCGGGAAGGAAUUGUCCAAGAUCCCCAUGCCGGUGAACUUCAACGAGCCCCUGUCGAUGCUGCAGCGCUUGACGGAGGACCUGGAAUACCACGAGCUGCUCGACCGGGCAGCCAAAUGCGAGAGUUCGCUGGAGCAGCUCUGCUACGUGGCCGCCUUCACCGUCUCAUCCUACUCCACCACCGUCUUCCGCACCAGCAAACCCUUCAACCCCCUCCUGGGGGAAACUUUUGAGCUGGAUCGCUUGGAGGAGAAUGGUUACCGUUCCCUCUGCGAGCAGGUGAGCCACCACCCGCCAGCCGCUGCCCACCACGCAGACUCCAAGCACGGCUGGACACUUCGCCAAGAAAUCAAAAUCACCAGCAAAUUUCGAGGCAAAUACCUCUCCAUCAUGCCUCUGGGUACCAUCCACUGCGUCUUCCACUCUUCGGGCAACCACUACACGUGGAAAAAAGUCACCACCACCGUGCACAACAUCAUUGUGGGGAAGCUCUGGAUAGACCAGUCGGGUGAAAUCGAGAUCGUCAAUCACAAGACGGGUGACAAGUGCAACCUCAAGUUCGUUCCUUACAGCUACUUCUCGCGGGACGUGGCGAGGAAGGUCACCGGGGAGGUGACAGACCCCGCGGGGAAGGUGCAUUUUGUCCUGCUGGGCACUUGGGAUGAGAAGAUGGACUGCUACAAGGUGACGCUGGGCACCGGCGACAACGGAGCGGAGGGACGGCAGCGAGCCCACGAGGCUGAGGACAGCCGGGUGCUGCUGUGGAAGAGAAACCCACUCCCGAAGUACGCGGAGAACAUGUAUUACUUUUCGGAGCUGGCGCUGACCCUAAACGCCCCGGAGAACGGCACGGCGCCCACCGACAGCCGCCGGCGCCCCGACCAGCGCCUGAUGGAGAACGGCCGCUGGGACGAGGCCAACGCCGAGAAACAGCGGCUGGAGGAAAAGCAACGCCUCUCCCGCAAAAGACGCGAAGCCGAAGCCGCCCGGGCCACCGAGGACGGGACCCCCUACGACCCCUACAAACCGCUGUGGUUCGAGCGCAAGAAGGACCCCGUCACCCAGGAGCUGGCGCACGUCUACAAGGGCGGCUACUGGGAGAGCAAAGAGAAGCAGGACUGGACCUUGUGCCCGGAUAUUUUCUGAACUGGGAAUGGGGGGGGGGGGGGGGGGGGAGAGGGUGGGGUUUGGGGUUUGGGGAGGGGGUGGGGGGGGCAAAGGACCAGCUGGCUGCCAGGGGAGAGCCGCUGCCCCGGCCACUGUCUGUCUGUCUUAAGCGCCCGUCUGUGUGUCGUGUCCCCCCCCUCCCACCUCGCCGUCAGCACGCGCCGGGGUUUGCCUUAACCUUGAUGUGGGGGGGGGCGGGGAGAGUGGGAGCCAUCAUGGAACUCCCCCCACACACACACCCCCCCCACUUCAGGGCACUGGGGGGGCUUCCCUUUCAUCCCGGCUCCCCCUCCCCUCCUCCUCCAGGGAGGGCAGGGAGCUGGGCGGGGGGGGCGCAGUGGGGCGAGCCCGAGGCUGGCCUUGGUCUCUUCCCCCCCUCCCCUUUUUUCAUUUCCCCCUCCCCAGGCGGUGGGGUGCGAGGGGGGGAGGGGGUAGACUGUGCCCCCCCCAGCCUGUUCUAUAGGUGUAUAUUAUAUAUAUAUAUGUAGAGAGUGACCCAGGGCCCCCUUCCCCCCCCUCCCCAUGUCCCUGGGCUGGGGGGGCCCCCCCUGAGGUGCCUUCCCCAGAGGUUGUUUAGGGCAGGGGGAGGUCCUGGGUUUUGGGGCUGGGGGUGAGGGUGGGGGUGUCUCUCCCAUUCAUCUCCAGGGAGCAGCAGACCCCUGCACCCCCAAACACUACACGGGCUGGGAGAUCCGCUGAGGGGGAGGAUGCUGUGGGGGUCUCUGCACCCCCAAACCUGAAAAGUUGGGGGCAUAUGAUGCCUUUUUUUUUUUUUUUUUUUUUUUUUUUUUUUUUUUUUUUUCCCAUUA